GGAACACCUAAAUUCUAUGUUCACACAUGAAUUGAUAACCAACUCAAGACACUAACUGACAUAAAAUCCGAUUAUAUUUGGAUAAUUUUUUGCUUAAAACUAGUAUUAGUAGCAAUCUAUAAUUCAAAGGCUUCAAAAGAGAACAUCGGAGCUUUGCUUUUCCAGGUAUUACUCAUUCCAUCUUUUCCCACAAUUUCCUCUUCAAAAACUCACUUUCUCCUAUUAGAUCCCAAAUUGUCUUCUUUUUCAUCAUCAAACAUAACUCUCAUUCUUAAUUUCGAUCAUUUGGAGCUGUAACAGCUGUUUACUUCUAAAGUUCGUUGAUUUCUUGAUCUUCUUCUAUACCCAUGAAUCCGAGAAGGGAUUAUAGAGGCUCUAGAGCUUCUGCCUUUGAUGGCAUUGAAGAGGGAGGUAUCAGAGCCUCAUCCUCAUAUUCCUCUCACGAAAUUGAUGAACAUGAUAAUGAUAGAGCUCUUGAUGGGCUGGCAGAUCGAGUCAACCUUCUGAAAAAAUUAAGUGGUGACGUACAUGAAGAAGUGGAUGCUCAUAACCGGAUGUUAGAUCGAAUGGGUAAUGAAAUGGAUUCAUCACGAGGAUUCUUGUCAGGAACCAUGGAUCGGUUUAAGCAGGCGUUUGAGACCAAAUCAAGCAGACGGAUGCUUACUCUUGUGGGCUUAUUUGUGGCUAUUUUCCUUAUCAUCUAUUAUCUUACUAGGUAAAUGAAGUACGAUACAAAUUCAAGGUGUUGAUCGUAUCUUGGUUUUUACCUGAAAUCAUUUCUUUCUCAGUCGCCAUGUUUUUUCGUAAGAAAUUAGUACACCAGAUUGUAAAGAAAUUACAAAGCCAUGGGAAGGACACUUGAAUGUAUGAAGUUGUUUGGAACACUGUAUAAAUGUGGUUUCAGAUAUUUCCAGUCGAAUUUACUUGUA